CUCUAAGGCGCUACUGGAAGGAGUUCUUUGCAAAGAUUGCAAAAGCCUGCGAGCGUUUCACACGAGCAAACCUUUCCACGGGUCUGCGCUCUGAACUCCGCAGGAUUGCGCGAGAGGGGAGGGAUGCUGUGGGAUGUCUCUCUGGGAUGCUGAGUGAUGCUGAGUGGGCGUGUCUAAAGGAGGGGCGGUGCUUCGGAGGAGGAAGAGGAGGAAAUCCUGAUCUAGCCCUCCGCCCUAUCCAGGGAGCGCAUCCUGCAAACCGAUCCUCUCCCCGCGCCGCCUCUGGGAAGCCUUUGCACGAAAACAUGGCCGAGGCUCAGGCUGGCUCUGGGAAGGUGACUCUUUUCAGCCAGGAAAAACGAGGGGGUCUCACCUACCGCAUCCCAGCACUGCUGUACCUGCCCUCCGAGUCCACCUUCCUGGCGUUUGCAGAAGAGCGCUCAUCCCCCCGAGACGAAGACGCUAAGUUCCUGGUGAUGAGGCGUGGGCGGAAGGAAGGAACGUCUGUUCAGUGGGGUCCUCAGGAGCCCCUGCCGAUGGCCACGCUCCCCGAAUGCCGCACCAUGAACCCCUGCCCGGUGCACGAGGAGAAGAGCGGGACCACUUUUCUGUUCUUCAUCUGCGUUCUGGACCACGUCACGGCCCGGCGGCAGAUUGCGACGGGGAGGAACGCCGCCAAGCUCUGCUACGUCUCCAGCCAAGAUGGCGGCCGCACCUGGAGCCAGGUGGUGGACUUAACCAGGCAGGUGUUUGGAGGCGACCGGAGGAACUGGGCCACCUUUGCCGUCGGGCCGGGCCACGGUGUGCAGCUCGGCUCCGGGCGCCUGGUGGUCCCGGCCUACGCUUACCGCACCCGCAAGUGUUGCUUUUGCUUCUGCCCGCUCUGCUGCGCGGCCCCCCACUGCUUCGCUUUGCUCAGCGACGACGGGGGCCGCAGCUGGGCGCGGGGCCGGCUCCUCGAGGACUUGCGAGCCACCGAGUGCCAGGUGGCCGAGGUCGACCGCCAGGACGGAAGCCGCUUGUUGUACGUCAACGCCCGGCAUUCGGGUUGGAGCCGCUGCCGCGCCGAGGCUUUCAGCCCCGAUAACGGGGGCCACUUUCAGGAGCCCUUUCUUUGCAAGCAGCUGCGUGAGCCGGCGCACGGGUGCCAGGGCAGUGUGGUGAGUUUUGCCCCGGCGCCGAAACCCUCGGAUCCGGGCCCAGAGGAAGGCACAGGCGGAUUGGCGUGUCUACUGGGUGUCGAUCCCUCCUCGUCCCCUCUCAGGAGGAGCACCAAGUCGUGGCUGGUCUUCUCCCACCCCACAAACAGCCACAAGCGUUUGGAUCUGGGCAUCUACCUGAACCCCUCUCCAUUGGAGAAGGGGUGCUGGACGGCCCCCUGGGUGCUGAACAAAGGGCCCAGCGGGUAUUCGGACCUGGCCGUGUGCGAGGAGGAGGGGAAAUCGGUGAUGUUUGGGUGCCUGUUUGAAUGCGGGGUAGCAACCGCCUGCGAAGAAAUUGCCUUUCAGCUUUUCAGCGACGUUGAGCUUCUGAAGAACCUAAGGCCUAGGAAUCAUAGAACUGUAGAGUUGGAAGGGACCCCGAGGGUCAUCUAGUCUAACCCCGUGCAAUGCAUCCAUCCAACCUCUGCUUGAAAACCUCCAAGGAAGGAGAGUCCACCACCCUCUAGAGAUGGCUGGACUCUGACUCCCAGCAGCCCCAGCCAGCAGCACCAACAGCCAGGAACGAUGCGAGUUGUAGUUCAGCAUCACUGGGGAAACCCAGCCAGAUGGGUGGGGUAUAAUUAAUAAAUUAUUAUUAUUAUUAAUUUAUUAUUAUUAUUUUUAAUGAGGGUGAAAGAGGAGAGCGCAAAAUAUGGUCUGAAGCUCAACAUCAAAAAAACCAAGAUCAUGGCCACUGGUCCCAUCACCUCCUGGCAAAUAGAAGGGGAAGAAAUGGAGGCAGUGAGAGAUUUUACUUUCUUGGGCUCCUUGAUCACUGCAGAUGGUGACAGCAGUCACGAAAUUAAAAGACGCCUGCUUCUUGGGAGAAAAGCAAUGACAAACCUAGACAGCAUCUUAAAAAGCAGAGACAUCACCUUGCCGACAAAGGUCCGUCUAGUUAAAGCUAUGGUUUUCCCAGUAGUGAUGUAUGGAAGUGAGAGCUGGACCAUAAAGAAGGCUGAUCGCCGAAGAAUUGAUGCUUUUGAAUUAUGGUGCUGGAGGAGACUCUUGAGAGUCCCAUGGACUGCAAGAAGAUCAAACCUAUCCAUUCUGAAGGAAAUGAGUGCUCACUGGAAGGACAGAUCGUGAAGCUGAGGCUCCAAUACUUUGGCCACCUCAUGAGAAGAGAAGGCUCCCUGGAAAAGACCCUGAUGUUGGGAAAGAUGGAGGGCACAAGGAGAAGGGGACGACAGAGGACGAGAUGGUUGGAUAGUGUUCUCGAAGCUACGAACAUGAGUUUGACCAAACUGCGGGAGGCAGUGCAAGACAGGAGUGCCUGGUUUGCUCUGGUCCAUGGGGUCACGAAGAGUCGGACACGACUAAACGACUAAACAACAACAACAUUAUUAUUUGGAGUGCCACAGUUAGUCAUCCCCUGAUCUAAGGGAAGGGUGUUCAUGCCUUCAGAGGCCCUUUGACCUUAAAACGGCCCAGCUAAUUUCCGUAUAGCUUUAUGGGUUGUACAGAUCUUAGGUGAUUUUUGAACUCCGCUGGAUGAAGAACCCUUGGAACAGAACAGGCAGAUCUUCUGAUUAGUGUCUUGAAUCUUGAAUCAUAGGAUUGUAGAAUUGGAAGGGACCACUAGGGCCGUCUCGUCCAACCCCUUGCAACGCAGGAAUCUUUCGCCCAACGUGGGGCUCGAACCAGGGACCCUGCUGCUGUUUUCUCAGACCCGCCUCUAGAACAGAAGCAACCUUUUGUAAGGUCUCAUGAUUUCUCCACCUAGGCAAAUGUUGCCUUCUCUGGAUUGCAACAGGUUUCCCAGGGUCUCUGGUAGAGCCCUGCCACAUUAUGGGCGUGUAAAGUAGAGAUAUACAGAAAUAAGACCAUAGAGUUGUAGGGUUGGAAGGGGACCCCAAAUGUAGGUAGAGAUAAGUGGAAGUCUUUAGUGGGAGGAUUAUAGAUAUGGGAUCGGGAUUUUUGAUCAAUUAACAGGAUGCCAACAUUGGAUUUGUGGAUAUGAGUGAUGGAAUGAAUGUAUGUUUUUUCUUGUUUUUCCUUUCUCCUUUUUCUUUUUCUUUUCUUUUCUGUUUCCUUUUUCUUCUUUUUUUAGUGCUUAAGUACUUUUGAGAACACUUAUGGUUUUGUUUCUGAUUACUUACAUCAUCAGAUGAUUAUCCUUGUGUUUAGAUUAUUUUAUUAUUAUUUCUUACAUAUGAUUUUGUAUUUGGUAUGUUUGUGUUCUCUUUGAGUAUGUCCUGAAUGUAUUUUAAAUUAAAUUUAAAUAAAGUUUAUUUUUAAAAUUAAAAAAGGAAGGGUACCCCAAAUGUCAUCUAGUCCAACCCCCAGCAAUGCAGGAACUGCAGCUGCUUCAGUCUGUUCCAACAUUUGUUUCCGACGCUUGAUAUUUUCCAUUCAGCUGACAAUGGCUCAUUUUGCACAAGCUUUUCUUCUGUUUUCCGCUGGUGGGGAAAUAUGUGUAUUUUUAUUUUUUAUAAAAUCUCUUAGAGCACAAUGGACAUAUAUUUCCAAAUAAGUUAUCUUCCUGGUGUGUUCCCUUUAAUAAUUUCUAGAAUUUCCUGUUAUUCUUUUGCAGCAAAAAACUAGCAGAGUUUAUGAACCAGCCAAGUUUAUGCCCCCACCUGUGACUAAAAUCCUAUUUUCUAUAUGGAAGGCAGUCGUGGGUGUACAUUUUGCUGGAACAGAAUGUUCAAGAUAAAUGCAUGUUUUAAUCAUUAUUGCCAAACAAUGAAUUUUCCACCGUACUUUUUGUCAUGGUUGGUUACACUAUGUACUACAUCUUUGUCUUGAGAACGAUAAACAAGCAGAAAGUAGUGUUAGACAGUCGCAAAGCUUUAACUUAGCCUUAUCGAACUUUUCAAAAGUUGCAUCGUAAAGAAAAUUAAACAGUCGCAAUCACUUUGCUGCAAGGCAGAAAUAAGCAACUUAAAAACAUACCAGCUUAAAACAAAUCGAAGCCAUAUUGAAUUGUUGGGAGGCAAUAAUUUCCGUGGCGGUGUCAAAUAAACCGAUACAGUGGUACCUUGGUUCUCAAACGCCUCGGUACUCAAACAACUUGGAACCCAAACACUGCAAACCGGGAAGGAAGUGUUCCAGUUAGCGAACUUUUUCCGGAAGCCGAACGUGCACCGUUUUGAGUGUUACGCUUCCGAUUUGUCUGUUUUUGCUAUUUAUUUUGCGUUUUUGUUUUUGCGGCUCUCUUUUUGUUUUGUUUUUGUGACUGUGUGGAACCCAGUUCAGCUCCUGAUUGAUUGAUUGUGUGACUGCAGUACAUUGUCUAUUGCUUUCAUUUUUAUGGAUCAAUGGUCUCGUCUGGAACGGAUUAAUCCAUUUUGCAUUAUUUUCUAUGGGAAGUGUGCCUUGGUUUCGGAAUGGACUUCUGGAACGGACUAAG